AUGUACUCCUCGUCGAAUAAUUUCCUCGGGGGUGGUGCCACUGGCCGUCCCGGCCAGGCACCAUUCAUGCAGCAGCAACAACCCCCCUACUCCCAAUUCCCCCAGGGUCAGCAACCAUCAAUUCAACAGCCUCAGCCCACCGGAUUUGCUCCACAGCAGACGGGUCUUGUUCCACAAGCUACUGGUUUCGCUGGUCAACCCUCCCCGUUCGGUAACUCGCAACUGCAGCCUCAAGCCACUGGAUUCCCCGCGGGACAACUCCAACAGCAAUACACCGGCUUCCCCGGCGCUGCCCCCCAGCAACCCCAGCAGCCACAAGCGCAGAGCUUCCAACCGCAAUAUACUGGAUUCCCGCCCCAGAACCAGGCGCAGCAGGCACCACCAGUGCCUCAGAUCCCAACUCGAUUCAAGACCUCCACCGAUAUCGCGAACUCCUUCCAAGAUGCUGGCUCUGGAGCGCCUCCCCAGGUGCCACCGAAGACAGGGUCCAAGAUCCCGAGUAUCCGUUUGUCUUUUAUUACUGCGCAAGACCAGGCGAGGUUCGAGCAGCUCUUCAAGUCUGCUGUAGGCGACAGCAAAACAAUGGAUGGCGAUAAAGCGAGAGAUCUUCUUAUGCGCUCCAAGCUCGGAGGCCCUGAUCUUUCCAAGAUCUGGGUGCUGAGCGAUUCAACCAAGUCAGGACAACUGUUCUUCCCCGAAUUCGCAUUGGCGAUGUACCUCUGUAACAUCCGCAUCACCGGCCGCGAGCUUCCAGCCUCAUUGCCUGAGACAAUCAAGAACGAGGUGUCGAGCAUGGUCGAUAUUAUCUCCUUCGAUGUUCCCGACACACAACCGCAGGCGCCCCAGCAGCGAACCAACGUACCUAACUUCGAUGCCCCUCUCAUGGAGAACAGUGCUACCCCGCCGGUUGUUCAACAGCCUGUUCCCCAGCAACCCAAUAAUGCACAGCUCUUGUCGCAGUUGACAGCACAGCCUACCGGGUUCUUCCCCCAACAGACAGGCAUUCAGCCGCCUGCUAUCCAGCAGCCCCAGGCCACAGGAUUCCCAGGACAGAACCAAUCCCAAUUCCUUCAACCUCAGCAGACUGGAUUCAUGAGCAACCCCCAGGCAACUGGAUACACCGGUCCUCGACCUCCAAUGCCGCCUAUGCCCACCGGUUUUGGCUCUAGCCUGAGCCCUGGUCAAACCGGCGUGGCUCAGGGUCUUGGUGUGCAGCCAACUGGUUUGACCGCUCAGCCUACUGGUAUGCCUGGUCAGUGGGGAUUCAUUAAUACUCCAGCGCAGGGUUUGCCUAAUAUCGACGCCAUGAAGCAGCAGCUUAUGCCGCAGCCUGGUCGCGAGGGCGGAUUCAGUGCUGCUGGUUUGUCUGGAAAUGCCACUGUUGCUUGGGCCAUCACCAAGGAGGAGAAGAAAAUCUACGAUGAUCUCUUCCGUGCGUGGGAUGGUCUUCGCAAGGGCUUUGUCAGUGGCGAGACUGCUAUUGAAAUUAUGGGACAGAGUGGUCUGAACCGACUGGAUUUGGAACGCAUCUGGACCUUGGCUGAUCCCCACAACCGUGGUCGUCUGAAUAUGGAUGAAUUUGCUGUGGCUAUGCAUAUGAUCUACCGUGCUUUGAACGGAUACCCCGUUCCAAGCCGUCUACCACCUGAGCUUGUUCCUCCUUCGACACGCCACUUGAACGACUCUAUUGGUACAGUCAAGUCUCUGCUUUCCCAAGAUGCCGAGACCCGCAAGGCUACUGGUGCAUUCCUGCAGCCUCAAAAAACCGGAGUCAGUUACCUGAAGGAUCACUCUUUCCGGGGUGGCGCAGGUGGCUCAUCAGCUGCCAGCCGCAAAGAUGCGACCAUGUUCAAGAACAAUGACUCUGCUGGAGGGUACCGAUCAAGUGCGCGCCGCCGUGUUGGCAACGAGGCUCGUACCCCAUCCCCCGCUGCAUCUGGCGCUUCAGAGGAAGAAUACUCUGUAGAUCAGCUCCACAAGAAGAUCCGCGAGACCAAAAUCAUGCUCGAUGCUGCUGAUUUCCAGGACGAGAACCGGGCUGAGGACGAUGAUGCUUUGGAUCGUCAAGACCGCCGCGAGGCAGAGAGUCUCAUGGAGCGUAUUCGCCGCGUCCAAGAUGAUCUUGACACCCACCCCAACGCUUCAUUCCGCCAAGUGGACAGUGGAGCGGACCGGAGGGCUCUUCGUCGUCAAUUGCAAUCCUUCGAGGAUCAAGUUCCUCAAGUUGCGUCUGAUGUGCGUCGUCUUGAGCGUGAUAUUUCUGAUGCGAAGCUUGAACUGUUCCGCCUCAAGGAUGCCAAGGCACACCCCGGCGGUGCUUCCACUAUCAUUGGCACUGGGCCCGGCGGAACUGUGACCGAGGCGGACCGUAUCAAGGCCCGUGCCCGUGCUCGCAUGCAAGCUCGGGCUGCAGAGCUCGCUGGCCGGCCCGCUCCCGCGUCAGCGGAUGAUGAUGGCCAAGCCGCUCGUCGUUUAGAAGCCGAGAGCAAUAACAUCAAGAGCGAGCGCGAACGUAAUGACACCAUGACGCGUGACGUUGAAGAAAGUGUUCGUGAUUUCGCUCGUAGUUUGGAAGACAGCCUCCGAGACCAAGGUUCAAACUCCACCCGUGAACACGAGAAGCGUCGUUGGGAAGAUGCAUUGGGCGUCGAGGAUGUUAUCCGUGACUUCAUCUAUGAUCUUAGUCGUAAUGCUCGGACUGCAAACAUUCGCAAGGAGGAGUACGUCGUCAUUACCCUAACAAAUGACCUAUCACUAACGAAAUAUAGGCGACAACGAGCUUCACCCGAAGUCCACUCUCGUGGAUCCCCUGCACCCGAAGCCCCAGCCGCGCGCCCUGCGAUGCCUGCUUCUGUGGACUCGUCAAGCUCCAUUCCUGGCAAUACACACGAAGACCGUGUGGCCGCUGCCCGAGAGCGCGCCCAGAAGCGCAUUGCUGAGCGCAUGGCUGCUGCUGGUUUGAAACCAAAUGAUUCGAGUGAGACUCUGGUGCAACGCCAGGAGCGUGAGCGUAAGGAGCGCGAAGACCGUGUUCGCCGCGCCGAAGAAGAAGAUGCCAAGCGUGAGGACGAGAGACAGCGCCGCUUGGCUGAGGAGCGAGGCGGUCCUAGUGCUGCGGCUCCUAAGCCAGCAGGCAAGAAGCCACCUCCCGCGCCGCCAACCCGCCGAGCCCGCACAGAUAGUGCCGGCCAGGCUGAUGCAAAGAAGGCAGAUGAGUCUGCUAGACUUGAACAAGCUGCUCGUGAGCAGGCUAUCAAGGAAGAGCAGGAUGCACAGGAGGUUGAGACUCAGCGUCUUGAGGACCAAGCAAACCAGAAGGAGUUGGAAUUCCAAAAGGAGAAAGAUGCUCAAGCAGCCCGCCUCCAAGCUCUUGAGGAGCAGGUCCGCCAGGGCAAGAUCAAAAAGCAAGAAGAGAAGCGCCGCCGGGAAGAGGCAAGCCGGCAGUCCAAGGAACAGGAAGCCAGUCUUGCCGCUCAGCGCGCAGAGCUCGAGGCAGCCAAAGAACGCGAGCGACAGCUCCAGCGUGAACUGGAGGGUCUUGAUGAUGAGAGCUCGUCUGAUGACGAGGGCCCUGCUGAUGUCACCCCUCAGCACAGCACUCCCACACAAAGCCAGGUGCUGCCUACGCCGCCUCCAGUGCCGACGAUAGCUGUUCCUGAACCUCCAAGCUUCGCACCCGAGCCCGAAAGGUUGCCCAGUGAAGCUAGCUCACCUGAGAGUAGCCGCGCAAUUCCCGCUGCUACCCCUGAUUCCGAGUCUAAGAACCCCUACUUCAAGACCAUGGGCCAUUCGUCUGAGCAAGUGGCCUCACCUCCAGCUUCAGCUCAGUCCACGAACCCCUUCCACCGCUUGACGCAGCAGGAACCUAUCAAGCCCACUUUCACCGGUGCUGCUCCCUUGGAACGCAAGACCCGCGCUCGCCCUGAAGCCGAUGACGACUGGUCUGCUGCUGGCUCCGACGCCGACUCAUCAGAUGAUGACGAUGAUGAGCGCCCAGGCGGUGGAAGCGCCAAGCAGCUUGCCAGCAUUCUCUUCGGCACCAUGGCCCCGCCCCGUCCUCUGAGCGCCAUGGACGAGGAAAAGCCUGCCUCCAACUCUGCUACUCCAGUGCAAGACACCCCUAUUGCGCCCCCGCCACCUCCCCCAGCAACCCUGCCCCCACUCCCUGCCCUCCCAAGCGAUGGUGCAACCCCUCCCCCGCCAUCUGCGGUACCCCCUCCCCCUCCACCACCUCCCCCCGGAGCUGGUGCCCCAUCUAUCCCCCCUCCCCCACCACCCCCAGGCGGAGCCCCAUCUGCUCCUCCUCCACCACCCCCAGCUGGUAUCCCCCCUCCACCCGCACCUGCAGGUGCAGGCAACCGUGGUGCUCUCCUUGCAUCGAUCCAACAAGGCAUGAGCCUGAAGAAGACCCAGGUCAAUGACCGCAGCACAAGCUCUUCUGCCGGACGUGUCUUGUAA